AUGGAUCCUACGGAGAUAAAACGUGUGUUCCAAAUGUUCGACAAGGAUGGAGACGGUCGGAUCACUAAGAAGGAGCUAAACGAUUCACUGAAAAACCUCGGAAUCAUAAUACCAGAAACGGAGCUAUGGCAGAUGAUCGACAAGAUCGAUGUGAAUGGCGAUGGUUGUGUUGACAUUGAAGAGUUUGGAGAGCUUUACAAGACGAUAAUGGUGGAAGACGAGGACGAGAUUGGAGAAGAAGAUAUGAAGGAAGCGUUCAACGUUUUCGAUAGGAAUGGAGAUGGGUUUAUUACGGUGGAUGAGUUGAAAGCGGUGUUGUCUUCCUUGGGACUCAAGCAAGGUAAAACCUUGGAGGAAUGUAGGAAGAUGAUAAUACAAGUGGAUGUUGAUGGUGAUGGUAGAGUUGAUUACAAGGAGUUUAGACAAAUGAUGAAGAAGGGUCGCUUUUUUAGCUCUUUGAGCUGA